AACUUUGAAGUCCCAAAUUUUGAGUUGGAUAUUUUUGUAGAUGUUGGUAGUAAAGAGGCAGCAUCCGAAUGGAUUGCAGAAUUCCAAUCUUAUUCAAAAUCAACGAUGCCUCAAACAAGAGGCUAUGACAUUAAAGGAAAUCGUGUUCUUUUUCGAGAAAAACGACACUGUCUUCAUAGUUAUGAGCGUCAUCGACUUCCGCUUACCCAUCCAUUAGAAGUUAAUAUAAAAGUUCGUGAAGAACUCCUCAACCUUUUCAAAGAUGGUCAUUCCCCCACUUCAGCACUAUAUGUUUAUCAAGAUGAACUUCACCUUAGAGCUAAUGAUGAACAGGAAUUGAUUGAACUUUUUGCAGAUCGAUCGAUAAAUCCAGACUAUGACUAUACCGCAAAGCUUUUUCAAGAAUAUCGUAAGGCCACGCUUGGAAAUCGCAAUGGUGAAUCAAUGUUUGAACGACUAGCAGGAGACAUUAAAAAUUAUAAUGAUUCAGAUCAGGGAAAGGCCAUUUUACAAGCAUAUGAUACACGCAUAGGAAAAGUAUUUAUCCUUUGUAUUGUGACCAAUCUCAUGAGCCGAGUGCAUGAAAAAGUUCCCCAAGCGGGAGAACUUUGUUAUGUUGAUGCAUCAGCUUCAUUUGAAUCAUUAAACACUUCAAUCACCCUUCUUUAUACUAGUUGCACAAUUGGAGCUCUUCUUCUUGGGUUGUUUAUCAUGUCGGAUAAGCUUGAAGUUACUUUGGAAAGAGUGAUUAAUAUACUAAAGAUAAUACUUCCUUCAUAUGCGUUUUACAGCCGUGAACCACAAACAGGAUCCAUAUUAUUUCUUACAGAUGAUUCAAGUGCGGAGAGAAAUGCCCUGGAGCUAUAUUACCCGAAAGGGAUCUGCCUUUUAUGUACGUUUCAUAUCCUACAGUCAUUUUGGAGAUGGCUACAUGAUGUAAAACAUCACAUCAGGAAAGAAGAUCGUGCAUCUAUUAUGGCGAAAAUGAAGAAAAUUAUUUAUGCUGCUUUGAGAUUGCCCACACGUGGAAACAAUACAAAUAAUUAUAUCGAAAGGAGCUUUGGAAUAUUGAAGGAUAUUGUUUUUGCAAGGACCCAGAUAUUCAACUGCGUUCAAGUAUUUCAAUUCAUCAUUACAAACAUGGAAAGGUUCUACGAAUAUCGUUUACUUAACUUUGUAAAUAAACAUUCAGAUCAUCUACGAAUCGCGAAAUGUACAAAGCAAAAUACUGAUCUUUUUUAUAUUGUAAACAUCAAAAUUGGAAUAUGUUCCUGUUUUGUUGGGAUAUCUGGUGCUCAGUGCAAGCACCAAGAAGCUGUUUCGGUAAAGUUUGGCAUUUCAACGUUCAAUUACAUUCCAUUGUUAACGCUGGAUGACCGCAUACUUUAUACUUAUAUAGCAUUAG